AUGGCAAAUGUUAUGAAUAUUGAUGACCCGAGACUAAAUUGUGACAAAAAAAUAGAUGAAUUACAUUUUAAUGAAAUUUCUUUAGAAGAAGCUAUUAAAGACGAUGAUAAAUCAACAAGAAUAGAAACUUCCGAGGUAUUCGAGAAUAUAUCAAAAGUGGAACCAAAUGAAUAUGUAAAUCAAUCUAAUUCAAUUUGUUUAGGACAAAAUUUUACAUUUUUUAAGAACUUAUUCACUCUACAUGACUUUGCUGAUAUACAAAAUAAAAAUUCAAUAUCAUUAUUACAAGAGUUAUUAAUUCGUCAUAAAAUUGUACCAAAAUAUGAGCUUGUUUAUUGUAAAGGACCAGAACAUUGCCCAAAAUUCUGUUAUCGUAUUUCAUUUUCUAAUAUAAAAAAUUAUAUUGAAGAAUUUGGAUAUGGUUAUACAAAAAAGGAAGCUAAAUAUUCUGCUGCAAAUUCUUUAAUUAACAAAAUAUUUUUAUCUAUUAAAAAUACUGAAAAUAAAAGACCAGUUGAAUAUGAAAUAAAAGAAGCUAAAAUCAAUAGUGGACCACAUAAGAGGACAAUGAAUGAGAAAUUAGACAAAAAUGACAACUUAUCUAAUAUGUCGGAAAACUAUGAAAACGAUAUUAAUACUAAUGAUAACAAAAUAAUAUCCUUUGAAGAAAAUUUAAAGAAUUUUGCUUUAAUGUGCAGAAAAGAAAUUGAAUUAAAAAAUCAUCAUGGAAAUCCAAUAGGUUUAUUACAAGAAAUGUGUGUAGCAAAACGUUUUUUAUUACCAAAUUAUGAAAUUGUAGAAGAAAAAGGAUUACCGCAUUGUAAAGAAUUUACUGUUGUUUGUAUACUUGGAAAAUAUCGUGUGACCGGCUUUGGUUAUCGUAAAAAAGAUGCAAAACAUAAUGCUGCAUUUAAUAUGAUACAGAGACUAAAAGAAAUAUCUGAAUCUGUAAAAGGUGUAAUCGAUAAAAUAAAAUGA